AUGCUGUAUAUUGCAUCCAGUCUAUGUGCAAAGGAUACUACAGCAAAAGAAGACAAGGCCCUGGCCCUUGAUAACCAACGACUAGUACUGCGAACAAGUCAUGAACAGCUGUAUCCACCGUCAGGAAAAUGUACUUACCUACAAAAAGCAAUCGACCCGCCAGUGUCAAGGCAAGUUAACAAGAUGUCAGUGCCGGAAGGAUUUUCUCCACUCUUGGCAAAAGCA